UGAAAAUCCUCACCCUACCUUAUCACCUAACCACCUUGGUGCAAUGCCACGAAGAAACCCUCUGACAGCUACAAAACAUGACGUCUGAAAACAAUCACAAUUGACUUUCCGUUUGCGCUGCAAAGGUAUAGUGCCAUUAAAAUCACAGUUUUAUUUCCUUUACGACGGAAGCCGGAAGUGAAAUAAGCUUCCAACACAAUGAAUGGAAAUGGCAGACUAGUUGUGCUGCUGUUAGUUGCAGGAUUGGUGCAAACCAUUCUGGGACUUCCGGUUGUGACGCAAAAACCGAAAGCAGCAGAAAAGGAAGAAAAGCACGACGAUAGCAACGUGGAACGUAUGGAGAACAUUAUUGAGUACAAUAAGUAUCUGCAAGAGGUUGUUAGUGUGCUCGAAAGUGAUCCUGUUUUUGCGGAUAAACUGCAAAAGGCAGCGGAAUCCGAUAUCCGGUCCGGUGUGAUAGCUCAAGAGCUCGAGUACGUCGGUCAUCAUGUGCGAUCGCGUUUGGACGAGCUGAAGCGUGUGGAGCUGCAGCGAUUGAAGGAACUGGCGACGAAACAGUUCGAACUGACGAACGAAAUCGAUCGUGAUCAUCUAAAAAUUAGCGAGCAUGUGGACCACUCUAAUCCGCACACGUUCGAAAUAGACGAUUUGAAGAAGCUAAUUCUGAAGACUUCGCAGGAUCUGAUGGAGAACGAUCGCCGCCGGCGGGAGGAAUUUAAACAAUACGAGCUGCAAAAAGAAUUCGAAAAGCAGGAAAAGCUCCGCAACCUCGACGAAGAACACCGAAAAACUUACGAGGAGGAUCUCAAGCGCCAGCAGGCCAAACAUGAUAAUCAUGAAAAAAUACACCAUCCGGGCAACAAGGCGCAACUGGAGGAGGUGUGGGAAAAGCAGGACCACAUGGACGGACAAGAUUUCGAUCCGAAAACGUUCUUCAUGCUGCACGAUUUGGACGGUAACAAUAUGUGGGAUGAGAACGAGGUGAAGGUUUUGUUCAUAAAUGAGCUGAACAAAAUGUAUCAAGCCGGAGCGCCUGAAGAUGACAUGAAGGAACGGGCGGAGGAAAUGGAGCGUAUGCGGGAACACGUGUUUAAGGAGGCAGAUACGAACAAGGACGGGCUGAUAAGCUUCGAAGAGUUCAUUGAACAGACGAAACGAGACGAGUUUCAGAAGGAUCCGGGAUGGGACACGGUCGACCAUGAACCACAGUUUACGCACGAAGAGUACGUGGAGUUCGAGCGACGUCGUCAGGAAGAGAUUCAGCGACUGAUUGCGGAGGGUAAACUUCCGCCUCAUCCCAAUAUGCCCCAAGGAUAUCAUCCGGGAGAUAAUGGUCAAUAUCAAGUGCAUCCCAAUGCUAUUCCUCAGCAACAAGUCCCACACUACCAACAGCAACAACAGAUGCAACAACAACAGUACCAUCAGCAACAACAGCAACAUUACCAACAACAACAGCAGCAUCAUCAGGGACCUCCACCACCGGCAUAUAAUAAUCAUGGACAACAGAUAAAUGCCCAUCCAAAUCAAAUCUAUGAUAAUGUACACCCGCACCAGAAUCAGCCUAAUCCCUCAUACACUGGCCAACAGUCCACCGUAUACACGGGUCAGCAAGGAGCGCCUCAUUAUCAAGGUCAACCUUCCCCUGCACAGCAGCAACACCACCAACAACAGCAACAACAGCAACAACAAGGUCAAUACGUACAACAGCAGCAAAUUCAGUCGAAUCAAAUCCCACAAAAUCCCCAAUAUCAGCAACAGCAGACUAACAAUAAUGCUCAGCCAACACAUCAACAGGCUCCUCCUGCUCCACAGCAACAUGUACCACAGCCAGCAGUACAACAGCAACAGCAGCCAGCUCAGAAGCAACCCGUCGGAAACGGUGCAUCGCCACCGCAACAAUCACAACAGCAGCAGCAACAACCACCACCAGCAGCUCCAGCAGCUCCGGCGCAACCAUCUGUAGUACAGGGGAAACAUUAGAAUAAGCAUUCCGCCGGGAUGUUGAAGACGCCAAAUCAAGCCAAACAAAAGUGGAGCGCGGAAAUUAAUCAGCAAUGACGAAGCUUCCACGCAAAACCCACAAACACCCACACAGAGAGAUAAAUUUUGCGAAGCAAAUGAAACAAAUAUAGAUAGGCACAAGGGGGUUAUAUGAAACGUUGAGGUAUUAAAAACAGCAUAACAAAUAACAAGAGCUGAUUCCAUAAAAAAGAAAAUCUUUCUUCUCAGAACGGUAAAAGAUGUUUGCAUUAAAACGUGAAACACUAACAUUACCACUACAUUUAUCAGCAGACUAAUCAGCAAUUAUCUUGAAUAAUACUUUGUGAUGAAAUUACUGUAGAAGGUAGAAAAACUUGUACCGUUUAAUGUUCUUUUUUACUCUUUUUUGUCGUAUGAAAUAGUCUAGCAAAAAAUCGAAAAUGAAUAAAAAAAAUCAAUUGCCAAUUAAA